GGUAUGGCUCCAAUAUUGACGACGCAAAAAGAGAGAGAGAGCAUCAGUGAGAGGAGAGAGAAAGAAAGGGGAUUUGAGUUCCAGGGGAAGAGAGGGAGAGAUGAAAGGGAGACUCGGUUAAUUCUUGGAAUUGCAAUUCCAGCUUUCUUUGUUUUCUGGGUUAUUGUGGUGAUCCUUGUCUGCGCAAUGAGCCAAAGUAAAAGGAGAAAAGCAGCUGCCAUAGCAGCAGCCAAUGCGGGACAAAACGGUGAGGCCAAUAUGCCUAAUGGCCUACCACCACAAGGAGCACCAAUGAACCCACAGAUGUUGGGUAAAUUUGGAGAAGUUAUGAUGAAUCAGUUUGCAGGCAAUGAUGAAGACCGAGGAACACCAGAGCAAGGAACACCUGAGCAAAUAAGAAAUCAACAGGUUGAAGAAAGGCCACUACAGUAUUGAGGUGCUCAAGUUCCCUUUUGUUUAUAUAGUUGUUACUGAGCCAAAAUUGUAUUCAUGAUUAGUUGUGUUAGAAAUUUCUUAAAUAUGUUUUCCCCCCAACCCCAUGAUCCACAAGA